AGAUCUUCCAUCGUCGGGAGGAGGAGGAGGAGGAGGAGAAGGAGGAGCUUGAUUGUAUUCCAUGCAUGCGCAUCAAAGCGGCGAAGCCACACCGCCGCCGGAGGCGGAUGAAAUGGAGGCGGCGAUGAUGGGCUACCACCCAUCGGCAAUGGCGCCCGGGGACGUGCUGCUUUCGGCCUACCGCCGAGGUUGGGAGCUUUCGACGAUGGUGUCGGCGCUGACGAACGUCGUGUCCGGGGAUGUGCGGGUCGCGAGGCGGCAACCGGCGUCGGCGGGCGUCGUCGUGGACGCGUUGUCGGUGGUCUCCUCUCCGUCGUCGUCGUCGUCGUCGUCUCACUUAACGUCGGUGUACUCGCCGCCGCCUUUCAGCAGAACGGCGACGGCGCCGCCUGAUUUUGCAUUGAGGUACUACUAUCAGGGUUUGGCUGGUGAUCAGCAGGGAAGCUACCAGGGAGAGGCACUUGCUGAUGUUUCAGAGCAGCAGUAUCCACAAGACGGCUUGCGACCGAUACUGAUACCGCCGCCGGCUCCGGUGGCCAUGAACCUAGGAGAGGCCUCCCCUGCUUCGUCAGAAGGCGAAAGGGUGGCCCCGCCACGCAAGUACCGCGGCGUGCGACAACGGCCGUGGGGGAAAUGGGCGGCGGAGAUCCGCGACCCCGUCAAGGCGGCCCGCGUGUGGCUCGGCACAUUCGAGACUGCGGAGGAAGCUGCGCGCGCCUACGACGAGGCCGCACUCCGUUUCCGUGGCAGCAGAGCCAAGCUAAACUUCCCCGAGAACGUCAGCCAGCUCCCGACGACGGCGCCAGGCCCGAACGCCCCGGCGAAUGACGCGGCCGCCGCUAGGGACUACCUGACCUACUCCCGGCUGUUGGAGGGGUCGUCGUCGGAUUUUCUUCUGGAUCAAGUCUUGCUGGCGAACUAUGGCUCGGUGGCUAGAGAGAGCGGCGGCACGGCACGCUCGCACUCGUUACCGGUGUCCUCUGUUUCGUAUUCCUCUUACUCUCCGUUCUACCCUUCGAUGACAGAGCUGCCGGAUAGUUCUUGGAUGGGUUCCAGCCAGUUUCCUCCUCCAUCGUCUUCUUCCGGAUAGAAAUAGAACGGUCCUGUUCUUGCUCAUCACUUGCUUUCUCCUCUGCUUGGAUCCCACCUUUCCUAUUCUUGAAAUGGAACAGAGCUCACGUUCUGUCUCCCCCUCCCCUCCCUCAUUUUCGUCCUUGUUAUUGCCCGAUAUUGCUUUAUCACGCCUCAAAUCGGCGCACUGAAGAUCUGCACUUACGGCCUUUGAAGCUUCGCCAUGUUCUUCCAUUGGCAGAAGCUCGGAGGAGCAAAUGGUAGAGAAGAGCUGUCUCCAAUCCCCGAGUAACCUAUUGCUUCUGUUGUGCAUAUGGAUGGAUCUUGCCCUGCAGAAAUCUGUCUGCUUCAACAGAUAAAUCGAAGAAACUAAUUGAAAGUGAGCAAACCAUAAAUUCUUAAAUCUUCGUUUUCUUUGUUAGGAAACGAGGGAAAAAAGUUAGACAUAAUUUUAUGCGUUCAUGAAAUUUAAGCAUUUAUUCUUUAAAGAAAGUUUUAUUGCCAUUCUUCCUUUCUAUUUCUUUUUCAUCUUUUUUAUAUGUCCAUAUUUCGAUGUAAGACAAAUAAGGCCACUUAAUUUAAUAGAUAUGCUAAAAGAA